ACGCUACCUUUGGAGCUCCUUGCAUACAUCGCUGAGUUCCUCUCGGGCGAUUUGGAGUAUCUAAAGGCCUGCACACUCGCCUGUUCGAUCUUACGAUUCGCCUGUCGUCCACUUGUCCUUCGUACCAUCUGUAUCAACAACUCGGAACAACUGGACAGGUUGUGUGAUUUACUUAAGGAGGAACCCACGGUUGAGCUAUAGGUGCAACAUAUAUGUGUUAGGGGUCGCGAGUUCGCCAAGGCUUGGGGAACAACAGAGCAGCUACUUCCUCCCUCCGACGUUGUACCUCGGCUUCAGAUCUUGGCGUUCCGAGAUGUCAACCCCCUAGAGGUUAAGACAAGCCGACCGCGAUUUUUAGAAAGUCUUUCAGGGUAUCCCGGUAUUCGUACCCUCAUCGUAUCGGGAUGCGAGAUGGGAUAUCCAUAUUUUCAAGGUUUACUAUGCUCGUUCCCACAUCUCGAACACGUCCGUCUUGAAGACGUCGCGCUCUUGUGGGAUCCUUCUGAUGAUGUCACUGCAACGUCCUGGCCCGCUCAGCCCAAACUUCGAACUCUCGAACUCACCAAAGUAAUUGGCACUCGCAACAUUUGCCGAUGGCUGAAGUCUACCAGUUCCGUGCAUUCUCUGCGACGCAUAGUCUUGUCCGCACCGGUCAACGGAGUUGUAAACUACUGGGGUGCUUCUGGCUUAGAAGACCUGAUGGUCGUAUGUCCUCUGCAUGAAAUUCGCAUUGAGUUUGUACCAUUCGAUCUCCCGAAUCAGUGGCGUUCAAUUGAUAUUCAAGUCAAUGAAGACGCCGCGAUACGAAAAACUAUGACAGUCUUUCAUGGUCAUAAUACAGAUGGCUUCUACUGGUUUUCAUGGCCUACAUACUUCUUCAAGCCUCAUAUGCUUCCUCUAAUCACCUCAGUCAUCGUGAGGGACCGAUUUGGAUGGAUGACCUGGAGGCGGUUGAAACAUUAUUUGCACAUGGAUCGAACGUACUCCGAUCCGAAGUAUUCAUCCUUGAAGGAAGUCCGUAUCAUUUACGAUGGACCAAGAAACCUUGCAAUUGCCUCGUGGAAGUUGCAUCGCGUUUUACGUCGAAUUCGUUCGCAAGGCAUUCUGCAUGUCCAAUCAAGUGAUGAGUAUACGCGACGGAGAUCAAAGCCUUGGUUGAAAAGGAUCCUCGAAAGGUUUACACACCGAUAACGAACCAGGGCGUUGAAUGAUUGCGUUGAGAAAGAUGCUUAGUUGAAGAUGUAUGAACGAAGAUCUAUUUGCAUAAUAUUUUUCCCUCUCAAGUACGUUGCGUAGAGUCAUAUGCACCUGUGCCGCACAUUAUGUCAUGCUCUCCGCCACAUUAUCCACAUCAUCAUUUGCGAUGAACCCUUCUUCGAUGGCAAUGUCUUCUUCACUAGCAAUGUUUGUGUAUUUAUGUUGCAUCCCGUUUGUAUUCUCCUUCGUUACCUGAAACGAUACAUGUCAGACC